GAUGUGGUCAUCCUCGGGGUUUCGCGGACACCUAUCGGAUCAUUUCAGAAGAGUCUAGCACCGUGCUCCGCCCCCGUUCUUGGUUCUUUCGCCAUCCGUGGAGCUUUGAAGCAGGCUAAAAUCGAUCCGAACGCCGUACAAGAAUGUUUCAUGGGUGUGGUUGUUUCUGCCGGUUCGAAACAAGCUCCUGUUAAACAGGCCGCUUUAAUGGGUGGUCUGAGUUUGUCGACUCCAUGCACAGCUGUCAACAAGAUUUGCGCCAGCGGGAUGAAAUCCAUCAUGCUGGCUGCCCAAAGCAUCGCUUUGGGCCACCAAUGGUUAGAGCGCGAAUUUACUGACCGGAAAGUCCGUGAUUUGAACCUUAUAUCUGCAUCUCGACUGCUUCUGUCUAGGCAACCUGGUAGUAUCUCAGCAUUCGUGAUUCUUUCAGGUGGCAUGGCAGCUAAGCAUUGGACAGGUGUUACAGCUGAACGUAGUAAAUUUGGCAACUGUCUAAAACAGCUGUUUACCAGGUACGAUAUUCAGUCCUAUGGCGCAUAUAGCAUGCCUAGCCGGGGGUCGUGCAACCAAACUUUUGUAUGUGGAGGCAAAUACCAUAUGGAAGAGAGUUGUACUAUACAAAGCGUCAUCUGUGCGGGAGGUAUGGAAAGCAUGUCGAACGCUCCAUUCUACCUCGCGCGUCAAAUGCCUACAUACGGUGGAGCUCAACUCUUGGACUCUGUUGUUUGGGACGGACUGACGGAUUCCAAAUAUGGAAUACACAUGGUUGUUUCUGCCGGUUCGAAACAAGCUCCUGUUAAACAGGCCGCUUUAAUGGGUGGUCUGAGUUUGUCGACUCCAUGCACAGCUGUCAACAAGAUUUGCGCCAGCGGGAUGAAAUCCAUCAUGCUGGCUGCCCAAAGCAUCGCUUUGGGCCACCAAUGGUUAGAGCGCGAAUUUACUGACCGGAAAGUCCGUGAUUUGAACCUUAUAUCUGCAUCUCGACUGCUUCUGUCUAGGCAACCUGGUAGUAUCUCAGCAUUCGUGAUUCUUUCAGGUGGCAUGGCAGCUAAGCAUUGGACAGGUGUUACAGCUGAACGUAGUAAAUUUGGCAACUGUCUAAAACAGCUGUUUACCAGGUACGAUAUUCAGUCCUAUGGCGCAUAUAGCAUGCCUAGCCGGGGGUCGUGCAACCAAACUUUUGUAUGUGGAGGCAAAUACCAUAUGGAAGAGAGUUGUACUAUACAAAGCGUCAUCUGUGCGGGAGGUAUGGAAAGCAUGUCGAACGCUCCAUUCUACCUCGCGCGUCAAAUGCCUACAUACGGUGGAGCUCAACUCUUGGACUCUGUUGUUUGGGACGGACUGACGGAUUCCAAAUAUGGAAUACACAUGGGACGCUGUUGUGAAAAGACCGUGUCCGAUCUUAAAAUCACCCGCGAAGAGCAGGACGCCUACGCCAAACUAUCGUACGAGCGCAGCCAAACUGCAGCUAAAGAUGGUAUCUUCGUCUCAGAAAUCACUCCAGUACAAAUAGCGAACAAGAAGUCUCCAACAGGGUUUGAUGAAGUCUCCGAAGAUGAGGAGUACAAACGGGUCGAUUUUCAGCGAUUUCCCACUCUGAAGCCGGCAUUCGUUCGCGCGGAGGAUGGUGGGACGAUAACUGCCGCCAAUGCAAGCACUCUUAACGAUGGAGGUGCCGCAGCUAUCCUUGCCUCUGCCAGCUAUGCCGCCAAAGAUCGGACGCUGAAGCCUCUGGCACGGAUUGUCGCAUACGCGGACGCGGCAACCGACACAAUUGACUUUUCUAUUGCUCCACAUCUAGCGGUUGAAAAACUGCUCACAAUUACGGGUGUUAAAAAAGAGGAUAUUGUCCUGUGGGAGAUUAACGAGGCGUUUUCUGCGGUUGUGUUGGCCAAUAUGCAUCUCCUGGGGUUAGAUGUGAAAAAUGUCAAUGUGCACGGUGGAGCUGUGAGUUGCGGUCACCCGGUUGGGAUGUCCGGAGCAAGAAUAACUAACCAUUUGGCGUUACAUUUGAAACCAGGCGAAAAAGGGAUCGCGUCGAUUUGCAAUGGCGGUGGCGCUGCAGCACCCUUCCGGGGCCUAGCUGCCACGCCACCUGAAGGAAGCACGAGGACUGGGAUACUGCCAGGUUGCCCAAGCCUAGACAGGGGACGUCGAGAGGCAGAGGCCAGGUCGACCAAGCACAUAAACUUAGUGGUCGUUCGGCAGCGAAGUAUCACUGUCAACACUGAAGUUCCUCUCUCUGACGACGAUGACUAUUUAUUGAACGGUUUAUAUGAAACCGUUUAG